UUGUGAGACAUGAUGAUACCUUCCAUUUCCAUUUGAAAUCGACUUGAUUUCAAAUAGAAAAUUGCCACUAUUCCCAUCUCCGGAACUCCAGUUACCUCAUUUGGCAAAUUAUCAAGUUUGCCCUAAAGAUAUUCUCGCUUAUAUUUCCACAAACGCGCUAGCGCACCUUUGCUGAGCAAUCAAUCCAACUUUCAAAGUUCCCUUUUGAAUCCCCCGAUCCCCUUGAACAAACCCAUCGACACCAACACCAAAAGACCCUCUAGAAAUCAUUCAAGAUGGCCCGUCGCCCAGCGAGAUGUUACAGAUACUGUAAGAACAAGCCUUACCCAAAGUCCCGUUUCAACCGUGGUGUUCCCGACCCAAAGAUUCGUAUCUUCGAUCUCGGUCGUAAGAAGGCAAAUGUCGACGAGUUCCCUCUCUGCAUUCACUUGGUCUCCAACGAGUAUGAACAAUUGAGUUCCGAGGCUUUGGAAGCCGCCCGUAUUUGCGCCAACAAGUACAUGGUUAAGUCCGCAGGAAAGGAAUCUUUCCAUCUCCGUGUCCGUGCUCACCCAUACCACGUCGUCCGUAUCAACAAGAUGUUGUCUUGUGCUGGUGCCGAUAGAUUGCAAACUGGUAUGCGUGGUGCUUGGGGUAAGCCAAACGGAACUGUCGCCCGUGUCAACAUUGGUCAAAUCAUCUUGUCCAUCAGAACUCGUGACUCUUUCCGCCCCAACGCUCUCGAGGCCCUCCGCAGAUCCCAAUACAAGUUCCCAGGUCGCCAAAAGAUCAUUGUUUCCAAGAACUGGGGUUUCACUCCUCUCCGUCGUGAGGAAUAUAUGGAGAAGAAGCAAAGUGGAAAGGUUUUGGUCGAUGGUGCAUAUGUUCAAUUCUUGUCCAACCACGGCAAGUUGGCCGAUAACAUCAGACGUUUCCCAGCUGCUUUCGAGACUGAGGCAUAAAUCGAGUUGUUGAUAUCAAAGGGAAUUUCGGGGUAUGAUCAGAAAGGCGUACAUUUGCAAUGGCUGGAUUAGCAUGGUGUCACAUAAAGUGGCAGACACAAAUCCUAAUCAUUGUACCUAAGGAAUUGAUUCUACGACUUUCAAAAACUCAUCAUGUUAUUUUCCAUGUCUGACUAGUUGGUGAU